AUGUCAUUUUCCAGCCUCGUACAAGAUCUCUCCUUCAGAGACACUCCGCCCAGCAACGCAAGUGAACAGCGGCGGCAAGUGGCUCGGGGAGUCUCUUCCACCAGCACUAUCGACGAUAGCAGGUCUCACAUAUCGCGGGCACGAUCUUAUGCCAGCACCUCCGCUACGAGCGUCAGCAUUUCGGGUGAUAUUUCGAGUCAAUUGCAUGGCGGAUAUUCGCAUCCAUUGGCUCGAUCAUGGCAGGCUGAGAGACAAUUGACAAAGUCUAUGCUUAUCUAUCCCCUCUUUAUUACCGAUGAUGACAAUGAAGACACUCCAAUCCCUUCUCUCCCGGGUCAAAACCGCCGCGGCAUCAAUAAAAUUGUCCCAUUCCUCGAACCUCUGGUCCGCAAAGGCCUUCGAUCCGUCAUACUCUUCGGUGUGCCUCUGGCGCCAAAUGCCAAAGAUGCCCUGGGAACCGCUGCCGAUGAUCCGAAAGGUCCCGUUAUGGCUGGUAUCCGCCUCAUCAAACAGCGAUUUCCACAAUUAUUUAUUGUCGCAGACGUCUGUCUUUGCGAAUAUACCUCCCAUGGCCACUGUGGCAUUCUUCGAGACGAUGGCAGCCUUAAUAACGAGUUGUCCGUUGAUCGCAUUUCGGAUGUCGCAAUCGCAUACGCUCACGCUGGAGCGCACUCAGUCGCUCCUUCGGAUAUGAAUGAUGGUCGAAUCCGGGCGAUUAAGCUGAAGCUGAUAGAGGAGGGUAUUGCCCACAGAGUGGUACUCAUGUCCUACGCAGCCAAAUUCUCCGGCUGCUUAUAUGGCCCAUUUCGUGAUGCCGCAGGCUCAGUUCCUUCAUUCGGAGACCGAAAGUGUUACCAAUUGCCCCCUGGAGGACGAGGGCUUGCUCGCAGAGCAAUUGAGAGAGAUAUUGGCGAAGGAGCGGAUAUAAUCAUGGUCAAGCCAGCCAGCCAAUACCUUGAUAUCAUCAGCGAUGCAAAGGAUAUUGGAAAGAACAUGCCCAUUGCCGCAUACCAAGUCAGUGGAGAAUAUGCCAUGAUUCAUGCUGGUGCAAAGGCCGGUGUUUUUGAUCUGAAGGCUAUGGCUUUCGAAGCGACUGAAGGGAUACUCAGGGCAGGAGCGACCAUAGUAGUCAGCUACUUUACGCCAGAUUUCCUAGACUGGCUGGAGUCGUAG